GCGUGGGUGGGCGGGGCUGAGGGUGAAGGUAGGAAGGUGGGUGACCGGCCGAGUAAAUUGUUGGAAACUUCUAGAAAGUUAGUCGGGUGUACGGCUGACCAUGAGCGGCCUGUUGUCCGUGGGACAGGUCGGCGGGGACUGGCUGCGAGUUCUCCUCGUCGUGCUCUCGGUGCGAGGAGCUGGGGCCGCCACGGACCUGGGCGACUGCUCGCAACAGGGCCUAAAUUGUACUGUUCUAUCUGGCAACUGUUUGGAUAGCAGCUGGUUUAAACACUCCAGUUGGACGCCUUCAUUUCCUAAAGACCUUCUGGUGACCUUAAUCAAGCGGAGAAAUCAGAAUGGAUUUGAUAUGCCUGCACUGUCCAUCAGUUGGAAAUUGGCAACAGAUGCUAGUAUAAUAUAUUCUCAAGGAAUAGAGAUCUCUGUGAAAACAUUGAGCACUGGAGAGGAAAAGUGCAUACAAUACCGGUUCAAUAACCCUAUAACCAGCCAAAUGAAUUCAAACAAAGAGAAGUGGGCCUUCUCAUUGGAGAGAUUUGAGGUAUAUCCAAACGAGAGAUACACAGUGUCAACAUGCAGUUUACCAAGAGCCAACAUCAAUCAAGAUAAUGUUUGUCCAUCAUUCCCUUAUCACGUGCCUGGUUGCCGAAAUGACCUGAUGAAGUAUACAGAGGUGUGCAAACGAAGAGGCAGUCUGUGGAAUCCUGACAUUACAUACAUUCGAAGUGAAAUGAAGAUGGCUAUCUUCUUCCAGGCUGCAAAUCAUUCUUCUAAGUACGAAAUCAUGCUGCAGAGUUACAAUGGAGAAAAUAAAUGCAAUUCGGCUGUGGAAACUAUUGAGGAGGCAUUGGAACAAAGAGUUAAUGUAACUUUUUCAACUGUAAACUGGAUGGCAAGCUGCACUGCUUAUGUAAUUAUGAUUAUUCCAUAUUUCGAAGGUUGCCAUCAUGACUGUGAGCGGGUUGUUGUACAUGUCCCAGUGCCAGAAACAACACCAGUAACACCAAUAAUAUCACCACUCGAGCUAGCUCCAGCUGAGAAAACACACAUUUAUACUGGUGUUGGUGUCAUGGUUUUGGUGAUUGCUAUUGGCUGCAUAUUUUGGGUACAGAAAAAAUCUAAAGCGAAUGAAAUGCUGAAACUUCCAAAAAAAGAGCCAUCUUGUGGUGUAUACCGAGAAAUUCCACAGAUGCGCAAAAAAGUCCUCAUCAUUUAUUCGCUGGACCACAACCUCUACCAGAACGUUGUUCUGGCAUUUGCACAGUUCCUGAUGACUGUCUGUGGUACCGAAGUGACCUUGGAUUGUUUACAGGGUAAUGAGGCCGCUCAAAUGGGGCACAUCAAUUGGCUCGCGUUACACAAAAAAGAGUCUGACAAGAUUAUAAUUCUGUGUUCCCGUGGAACAAGGGCAAAGUGGGAAGCUAUGAAGUGUAUCGAACGGAGGCAGGUUUUGCUGAAAAGUGAAGAACGCUCCCCGAUGCACGACAUGUUUACUCCCGCCAUGUACCUGAUUUUGCCCGACUUUAAACAGCCAGCUUCAUUUGGGAAAUACAUUGUCGCAUAUUUUGAUGACCUGAGCAGUGAAGAUGAUGUACCUGAUCCAUUUAAUGUUGUCGUCAAGUAUAAACUAAUGAAACAGUUUGAAGAAAUACACUUCAGAGUGCAAGAUUUGGAAAAAUAUGAGCCAGGAAAGACUUUCCAUGUGGCAGGAAUAGCAGUGGAUGAUUAUCACAAACACCCGUCUGGCGAAAAACUGAAAAAUGCAGUUCAGAAGUUUAAGAUGUUGCAAAUGCAGCAACCAGACUGGUUUGAAAAAGAAUGUAUCAUGUCCUCAGAGGAAGCCGGGAUGGAAGAAGAAGCAUCUUUUGAUUGUUCAGCAAUGGAACCAAAUAUCUUGCAAUACAAGCCUUAUGGCAUGCCUUGCACUGUGAAUGAAAUAUGUAUGGCCAUAUCAAGUGAUGAGACGUUUGUAAUGUGCCCAGUGGGAUUUGAGUGUUCAGUCCAGGACAUGGGUUUGUCACAAAAUGUGAUUGAAAUAGACUGCAAUGAAGCACGAGCCCUGAACCCAGUAUACACUUUGGAGCCAUUGAUCUGCACAUCCAUAAUGGAUUGUCACCAGAAUGUUUUAAACUGCUCUAAUGUUGAAACUCCACCACAGGCAGAAGAAUCGUUGCCAUCAGAAAUGGAUUGGAUGAUGCAGAAUGAGCUGGGGAAUGUGUCUCCGUGUACUAGUGAAAGCAGCGUCACAGUGAAUGAACCUGUGGUGGACUCGGCUGCGGAACAGAACUCGUGCAUUUCUGAUGAUACAAGGAGGAGACUUCAAGAAUUUCAGCAGAUGGUCCUUUUCCGGAAUAUGAUGUCGACUGCCACCUCGGCCAGUCAGGUUGGUGGAUAUCCACAAUCUCUCGCCCCCCCAGAAUUGGAAGAAAAUGUAGAUUCAGACCGGGGGUACAGCUCCCAACAAUCAAUUGCUGAAAUGUCAUCAUUAGCGAGCGUGAGCCCUUCUGAGCAGGAAUUAAAUGACUUAAAACUGUUGCAGAUAACUUUACAUAAUGAGAGUAUUGGAGUGAAUAGCUAGAAGGUGAGAAUGAUCAACAUUGCUCAAUGCAUAAGCCCUUAAUGCAGGAUAGUGAAUAUGUCAUUUGGAGGUAUGACAGUCUUAAUAUUUUGGCUAUGUUGUUGCACACAUGCCUGUACAUUGCACACAGAUUUAUUUUAAAACAAUAUUAAAUGAAAGACAAAUCAGAUUUAUAAUUCUUGUAUAAGAGCACAUUAAUGUUGAUGUCCUGGAUGUGGUCAUGUUUGUAUUUGAAGGGUACUGUUGAUAUUGUGGUAAAAUGGACACUCUAUCUCUAAUGUCCAAGAUCGACAUAUGUUUGAAACAAUCUGAUUAUAGAUAUAACUAGACUAAGUGGGACAGGAGGGCUGGGCCCCCAACGCAAUAUUCCACCUCUCCACCAAUUCCAAUAUUGGUGGCCAGUGGGGGAGCUUUCUGGAGCGCUAGUAUGGGUAUUGUGGGAUGAAGGGACUGGUUUCCAGAGGGCCAGUAUGGACAUUGUGCGCCGAAUGGAUUCUUGGGCUGGCGGCUCAGUCAUUCAAGCCUGUUGUGCUGGCAGCUCAUUCACUCACGGCUGGUGGGCUCGCAGUUGACUCACAGCUAAUCCCUGAAAUUCCAUUUCAAGCAGGGUGCAAGGCCACCAAGUUCAAGUGCAGUUUCAUACCAUUUCAAGCAGGGUACAAGGCCACUAAAGACAGCGAGUCGUGACCUCUCCCUCCCCCAUCUUGCAGAAACUGAGCCACACCCACACUUCUGGAUUUUAUAGUCCCUCCCCCUUCCCACCAGAAGGGGCGUGGCCUUCAUGCCGUGAUUGACUGGAGAGAGAAUCUCAAAGGCAAGAGAAACCAAAGGCAAGGCAGCGUUAGCACUUUCAAACCAAAGGCCACGCAGCUUUAGCACUUUCAAACCAAAGGCAACACAGCUUUAGCAUUUUCAAACAAAACACACUUUUGCAUUUUCAAACUACAUUUUCAAACCACAUUAAAGACACUGACAGGUCAGUAAAACCACUCAGUUUAGUUGACAUGUGUUCAGUGUUAUUCACAGCUCAGACUGAGAAUUGCAACCUCCCGCUCCCCCGUCUUGCAGAGAACUGAGGCACCUCCACACUUCCGGGUUUUAUAGUCCCUCCGGAAGGGGCAUGGCCUUCAGGAGAGAGAAUCUCAACAUUUUUAAAACAUUAAUAAGUCUUUUAUUUUUCAUCGAUGGGAAAAAUCCUGUCCUGCGCAGCGGAUUGGGACUCUGAGUAAGAUGAGUAAGACUAGACUCUAAAUUAGGCCACAUGAACAAUUUAUAGGGACUAAACCUAUAUAGGGAUUGUUCUCUGCAAUUUGCUGGAAGAAUGUCAUGAAACAAUAUGAAAUUGUCUAAAGAAGGGUCCUGACCCACAACGUCACCUAUCCACUUUCUUUAGUGUUACCGCCUGACCCGCUGCAUUACUCCAGUAUUUUGUGUCUAUCUUUUUUAUGAUAAGGUAAUCGCUCAACAGAUAGCAGCAUUCAGAAGGAGCUUGCUAGAAUGCUCUCAGAAUAUAUAGUCUUAAUCUCCCUGGAAAAAUUAGGAUUACCUGCUUGCUUAUCUUUGCUCUGAAGACUUCCUUUCCAGUUGUGGAUAAAGGCUUUGUUGCAUUUGUGAAAACAACUUUGUUCAGAAGAUGUAAUGCAUUAAAUGAUUGCAUCCAACACUGCAUAGACUCAGUGAAUAUUUAUAACAUUUGAGAGCUGAUGUGUUAGCAACUUGAUGGGUUUUGCAUAUUCCUGCAAUUAGAAAAUGUGCCAUCCAAGAAAGGUUUGGGUUGAGUGUUGGAGAUGGAGCUAGAGAUGGAAAAUGGAUGUCAGUGUGGAGCAAGAAAGGUAUGGUUGUGCGUGGGGGAAAUUCUGAGGAUUUGAAGCCAUUUUUGGGUUGUUAGGACAUGGAUAAUCAGAAAAGGUAGGUGAGUGGAGGUGGGAGAGAAGGACCCUGAAAGAUAACAAUGGGAUUUGUGCUGGUGAGGUCCCAGUCCAACAGUGUUUGUGAGUCAAUAUGGUCUAAUUUCUCCUGCAACGUUCCAUAAAAAGGAUUAGUAAAGGGCUGAUGUAAUUAGGUGUGCCUCAUGUAAAAAUGGUGUGAGAUGCACAAGUCCAAAUCACAUCAAGAAUGAUUCAGUCUGAAGAAGGGUCCCCACCCGAAGCGUCGUCCGUCCAUUUCCCUCCACAGAUGCCUGAUCUACUGAGUUCCACCAACACUUUUUUGAUUUCAGCAUCUGCACACUCGUGAACUCGCAUUGAGAAAUGCCUUGUUGAAAUUCUGGAGUUAUGUAGAGGCAAACCUUGAAUUGAUCCUUAAAAGUCAGGCAUCGACAGGUUAGUUCCCCGUAAAUUGUGAACCUUGAUAAUGUCUUAGAGGUGAAGAGGAGCCUUGAUUGGGAAUCAUUAAAUCAAGGAGAAAGUAAUGGAAAUUCCUAAGAAUGUACAUGAUAUUUGUGCUGUGCUUGUGUAAUUAGUGUUGCUAAUAUUGGCAUGCCAUAUUAAUGACAAUGAGAAUGUUGUCUCUGCUCCUGACUCUGUAAAUAAAUGUUUUUAUUCAUA